GAAACUCGCAAGAGUUACAACAGGGCAAUACGUGACCUGGGAACGGACAUGGUGGAGCGCUCACUGCCACCGCGCGCCAAGAACAAAAGAGAGGGACAGCGAAUUCAGGUAAAGAGUGGACGACGAGUUUUAGAGAGCCACCAUGCCCACGAGUCGAGCGAGGGCGAGGAACGUGCUGAACAGGCCCGAGUUCAUGUCCCUACACCACCAGCCUGUGCGGAGCGCGGGCGCUGAGGCUCGCGCUGGUGCGCGCAGGCCGUCUUACAAAGCCCAGCAGCAGCAGCAGCAGCCGCAGCAGCACGCGGGCCAGAGCAGCGACCACGCGCAGCAGCCGGACGCGGUCGAGAACGGCAGGGAGCGGAGGGAGUUCCCGGAGGAGGACUGCAUGCAGCUCAACCCGUCCUUCAAGGGCAUCGCCAUGAACUCCCUGCUGGCCAUCGACAUCAGCGUGUCCAAGCGGCUCGGCGUGUGCGCGCACACCACGUCGUCGUGGGGUAACAUGCGCGCCAUAGUCAAGCUGCUCGCGCUCACCGGCCACGGCAUCCCGUGGAUUUUGGGCACGCUCGUAUGCCUCACGAGAAGCAACACGCUGGCCGGACAGGAGGUCCUCGUGAACUUGCUGCUGGCUCUCUUAUUGGACGUGAUGACUGUGGCGGGCAUGCAGAAGUUGGUGAAGCGCAAAGGGCCCUGGGAGAUGUCCCCAAGUUUCUUGGACUACUUGGCCAUGGACGUCUACUCCUUCCCAUCAGCCCACGCGAGCCGGGCAGUCAUGGUGGCCAAGUUCUUGUUGGCGCACUUGGUGCUGGCAGUUCCCCUGCGCAUUCUGCUGGUGCUGUGGGCUUUUCUGGUGGGCAUGUCGCGUGUAAUGCUGGGCCGCCACCACCUCACAGAUGUAGGAUGUGGCGUCGCUUUGGGAUUUCUCCAUUACAGUCUGGUGGAGAUGGUGUGGUUGUCUUCCAGCACUUGUCAGACUCUUAUCUCCAUCGGCACGCUCAACUGGAGCCCCUUCUAUUGAUCAAUGUGUGAUACCUGCAGUCUCCAGAACUUUUGAAUCAGGAUAAAAUCCCUCUGCUCACACUGUGUAAUUAAAGUGGAAAAUGCAUAUGCACCUAUUCCGAGAGAAACUGAAGGUCUUAGGUAGUUUUAAAGCUUGAAUUGGACAUUUUCUUUCAUUUCUGCCAAAGCUGUAUAACAUGAAAGAGGCAUCUGAGAAGCACACAGUGUGGACAUUUGCUAUUUGCCAAAUAGCAAUGCCCAUGCAAAGAAUUUCACUAUUGCACAUUGUUAAAAGCCAAAAAAUGGUCUAUGUACAAUGUAGAUAAGCUGAUUUGAUUUGCAUUUGUUUUUAAGUGCUGUGGGUGAGCGAACGUUGCUCAGGGAUUUUUGUAACAGCAACAUACUGUUUCAUGAAAUAGCUUGUUUUGUUUUGAAAAUGAAUAUCCUUUUGGAAAAAUAAACAAACGCGCCGGAUAUUGAUGCUAAGUCAAAAAAAAAAAGAAAAAAAUGAUAGAAACUUUCAGAAGGCCUGCAGCUGAGUUUAACUUCUAUUCUCUUUUUAUUUUUUGCCAUAUACAACACAUACUGAUUUAAUGUUCCUAAGAUUUACUCAUGACAUUUAAAGCACUUUGAUAAUUGCUCUUAGACACAGUAUGUUGUUUAGUUCCAGACAUGCCAUUUGUACUAUGAUUGUUUGCUUUAGUUGUGAAAGUAAAGAUGUGAUGCCUUCAGAGGAAAAAAAAGUCCCUCUAAUAAAUCUGACACUGAUGAAGACUAAUCAUUAUAAA